CUUAACAAUGGCUUGUCCAUGCCACAAAUUCACCUUGGUGUAUACUUGACGUCUGGCAAUGAGACGACCAAGGCUACACGAUGGGCACUCGAGGUUGGUAACGCCAUAACAGACUUCCUCAAGUCGGCCAACAACACUGCGAACCUCGGCCGCGAGGACAUACAUUACACGUCAAAGCUCGCGAGCAACAGCGACUACAAUACGGCGAGAAAAAGCAUCAAGAAGAGUGUACAGGAGUGCGGCCUGGGAUAUAUAGAUCUGUUCCUGCUGCACAGUCCAUACGGAGGGAAGAAGGCUCGCCUGGAGAGUUGGCGCGCCGUCGAGGACGCCAUUAUGGAUGGCGAGAUCAAGAUCGGAGGUGUCAGCAACUACGGUGUCCAACACCUGCAGGAGCUCCUCGACUCGAAGCCGCGCAUCCUUCCAGCGGUCAAUCAAAUCGAGGUGCACCCGUUCAACACGCGCACCGACAUCACCUCUUUCUGCCAGAAGAAUGGCAUUAUGAUCGAGGCGUACGCUCCUCUGGCGCGCGCUCUGCGCAUGAAGCAUCCCGUUAUUGUCGAGCUCAGCAANAAAUACAAUUGCAAUCCGGGGCAGUUGCUGGUGAGAUGGUCGGUCCAGCAUGGCUACGUGCCGCUGCCCAAGAGUGUCAAGAAGGAGCGCAUUGCGCAGAACGGCGACAUUGGCGGCUUCGAGAUUGACGAGGGCGACAUGACCAAGAUGGAUGGGUUGGACGAGUAUUUGGUGACUGACUGGGAUCCUACCGAUGCCCCGUAG